CUCUUCCUCAGCUAAUGAAAUCCUCAAUAUAAUUUCAUUUUCUUUUAUAACCCUUUCCUUAUAAUCUUAUCGAAACGGUCGGGUUAGGGUAGCAACACACAGUUAACACCGUUGCUUGUGUUCUAUGCAUAGCAAGUGUUUGAUAAUAUUCACUCUGCUCAGUGCUCAACUCCAUGCUUGUGUGGUUUUGGUUGUACUUUUGGAGCCUCGAGUGAAGAGCAGAGAGCCACUCGCUUGCUUCUUCUCAUGUUGCUCCAUAAAUCAAUUGCCUUAUAAAGUGACAAGGACUGGAAAUCAUUCCAUUUCAUUGUCAAGUUUAUUGGCAUAAAUUUGUGAACUGCUAUCGUGUGAAAACAAUCCACAAUUUGUUAGGAUUGGAUUUACCAUACCUCUGCCUAACUUUAGAAUAGAUACAUAGUUGGAGGUUUUUGGAAAGGGGAUGUAUAACAAGCCACGUUGGAAUGAGAAUAACUUAGCUCACAAAAGCAUCUAAAUUGUUCGUUUAUUAUUUUGUUCACGUGGAUGGCAUGAAAUACUAUAUAUGAAAUAUUUCAUGUUUGUACAAGACACAUCUAGUUACAUUUCGGAAGUGAGUAUAAUGAAAGCAAUAUUGGAGAUAUACUAGCAUUGUUUCUUCUCAAGAUUUGGUUUUCCUAAAGUGCACCCCUGCACUCUUGAGGGUAAACUGUGGAAUCGAGGAGCCAAAUCUUAGUUGUUAAUCGAAAAUUCAUUCUUUUUAUGUUUAUACUUUUAAAUGUAAUCAGCAAUAGCAAUAUUAUGCAUUAGAUGAACUUAAAUCUCUGGCCAGCCUUUUGUUGUAAUUUAAGUUAUACUUAUUCUUGAAAUUUCGCCUACCUAUGUUGAGUGUUAACCUUACAGAACUUAAUUUGAAUCCAGGGUAGUCAUGUCAACCAUGUCAAUUACGAACAUUUCCCUCCAUUGUGUGUUCCAAACUGCAAGCCAAAAUCGAUUCAGCACUGCUGCCAGAGUGAAGUGCCCUUCCUCUUUUGGGUCAGUGAAGAAUGUUUCCCGAUUUUUCGGCUUGAAGUCAUCAUCUUCAUUUGGAGUGACUGCCAUGGCUGCUUACAAGGUUAAGCUAAUUGGUCCAGAAGGAAAUGAACACGAGUUCGAUGCACCUGAUGAUAGUUACAUCUUAGAUUCAGCAGAGAGUGCUGGAGUUGAACUUCCAUAUUCGUGUCGGGCCGGAGCAUGUUCUACCUGUUCUGGGAAGAUUAUUUCUGGUUCGGUGGACCAGUCUGAUGGGUCAUACCUUGAUGACAAGCAAUUGAAGGAAGGUUUUGUGCUAACCUGCGUGGCAUAUCCAACUUCAGAUUGUGUCAUUCAUACUCACAAAGAAAGCGAUCUCUACUGAGAAUCACUGGCCAGAAACUUGAGAGCCCUUGCUUGAUGGAGGAGACUUGGGAUGUUAGGUAGACAUUGCAGCCAUUCUGGAUUGUUCUCAUUUGCAGCAUUGUUAGUUUGUUGCGUAUAUGGGGAGUGUAAGUUGUUUAGGAUAAUAAACUAUUUUUUGUGCCAACAAACUUUGUUGAUUAAAAUAAAAUAAAAUGAAAUGUAACUUUGCUUGGCAUCUAAAAGUUUAAGUGGUCUUUUUAGUGACUUGUGCCAUAUGCGCCUAUGUUGCUGUUGGAUGGUUGCUUUUCUGAUAUAGAAAACAGAAAUGUUAGUAUUCCAGUAUGCAACAUUUUUUUUA